GAUCCUAAUUAACCGCCCUUCGAGCGCUCCCCGUCGGAGGUAUAUUCAGCGCGAUGUCGCGUUGCCGUCAAUCCCAAAAUCACGGUCAAGUGUCUACCAAGCAGCCCACCUCUGCUGCACUGGCAACCGAAUCGGGCAACAAGCGAUUGUGCCAGAUAACUCUUGUUUACUACCAUCAUGUCCGAAGCCAAGUUCCAGAAGGCCGUUGACUACGUCCAGAACCUCCCCAAGGGUGGACCGACCCAGCUCUCCACCGAUGAGCAGCUUGAGUUCUACAAGUACUACAAGCAAGCUACCGUUGGCGAUGUCAACACCGCGAGACCCGGCAUGCUUGACUUCACCGGUAAGGCAAAGUGGGAUGCUUGGGAGAGCGUGAAGGGUACUUCCCAGGAAGAGGCCAGGGAAAAGUAUGUCAAGAAACUCAUUGAGGUUCUUGAGAGGAACAACAGCACCGACCCGAUUCUGGCUGAAUUGAAGUAAACACGUGUUAUACUCCAUAAGCACAAUUGAACUGUACGCAUACUAUAGGAAUGCCCAACGUCGGGGCCUUGUAUUUUGUACAUCAUUGCCUUCUAGCUCGAGGUACUCGAGAACUUACUCCAG